AUGCGCAGAAGGUGGUCAUGCCUGCCGCUUGCUCCGGCGUGGGGCCUCGUGGCGCGUCGCCGCAAGACAGGCGAUGACCGCCCCAGCGACAGCAGCGCGUUCAUCAGCGACGACGACGCCCUGCGUGGGGAGCUUGCAUCGGUGCUGGAGACAGAGGACCACGCGGCCCCGCUGGAUGCACUGCAGACUCCACCACUAGGGCCCGCGAUGAUGGGCAGUGCCGCCACCUCUACGACUAUUCAGUUGGAGAGGCUCGCCCGUCCACCCGCUCGCUUUGAUCUCCUGACAAACUCGUUUGUGUACAAGUGGCAGACAAAAGCGGCCCUCGCUCGCAAAGUGUCGGGGCCGAUGCGGGAGUGGGCAGCAGAGCUCAAGUACCGCACAGGUGUCCACAUUGAGCUGGAGCCUACUUACCCCGAGCGGCUUUCAGAGGAAAUCAGCGGCGAAGGUGAUGACGGAGGAGGUCCAUACGAUUCAGCAGACGACGUGGACAUUACGGUGUACCUCUUUGGGUCAGAACGUGGCAUCUUCAACUGCCACAAGCUGAUGGAGGCGGCGAUUCAGCAGGACCCUGUGUACGUGCGGUUGGGUGUCUUUAGGCGAGUGAAAGGCUCGAAUGAGGUAGAGUGGCUGAUGCUGCGUCGCAUCAACCGAGAACUUCGCCCACCCGACAUUCCCCCUAUUUCGCUUAAGCUACCAGGGAAGUGGACUCUGCUCUACGAGCGCUACAAGGAAGCGGCUGUUCGAACGCUGUGGGAGGAGACUGGAAUCACUGUUGAUCCCACCAACGUGUUCCCGACAGCCCAGCUAUACCAAACAAGCCCGCAGUAUUACUGGCGCGUUCCUGUGCGUUAUUUUGUUGCGGAGGUGCCGCACGAUAUACGCGUGGAAGGGCCGCAGGUGGUGCCAACACAGUACAUGCGCAACUGGGACGCGCGCCUCCUUCGCCAGUCUCCGGAUCCUAUCGACCGCGCGUGGGCACAGCUCGCGGACCCCACGACAGGCUGCGCGUGGAUGAAGGCCCCCAUGAUUGAUGAGCUGCAGAAACCGCUGCGGGGAGAGAACUACAUGGCGGUGCGAUACACGCCACCACCGUACUCUGACCUCCAGGAGGUGGUGCGGCUUGGUGGGGCCGGCUAG